AUGAGUCAUCUUGAACAAGAAAACCAAGGGCUCAGGGAGGAAUUAAUCACCUUGAAAGACAGUUUGGAAAGGCUUACUGUUAUGAUGGACACUUUGGUGGCUGCCCAGAAUCAGUCAUCGAAUAAUUCUCAAGAUCCAUUGCAACGAACAUCAAUCUCUGAGAACGUCUCGACGCCCAUUCCAGUGGCACCCAUCAAUGAUCAUCAAUAUCACAUGCCACCUGGUUUCCCUUGGGGCAUGCCUCACGGUUAUAUGCCAACAGGGUGCCGCCCUCAAAACGUUAAAGCUCCAGUAGUGACUAUUGUAAUGUUUGUACCUCCUCCUGUGGUGCAUACAACUUCUUAUAAUGAAGAAAACAUUUUUCACGCUGCUCCAAGUGAUGUUGUGGGAGUAGAUGAAAGGUUAGAGGGAUUUCAAAAUCAGUUCUUAGAAAUGCAAAGGGAAAUCAACGCUCUUCGAGGUAAGGAUCUUUUUGGCAAGACCGCUUCCGAACUCUUCUUGGUUCCUAAUGUUCAAAUUCCGCCUAAAUUCAAAGUACCAGACUUCGAGAAAUACAAAGGAAAUUCAUGCCCUCAAAGUCAUUUGGUUAUGUAUGCUAGGAAGAUGUCCACUCAAACUGACAACCAUGAGCUUCUGAUCCACUACUUUCAAGACAGUUUAACUAGUGCCGCUCUUAAGUGGUACAUGGGCUUGGACGGCGCAAAGAAAGACAAUGAGAGUUUCAAGGAAUAUGCUCAAAGGUGGCGUGAAAUUGCUGCACAGAUUUUCCCUCCACUUGAAGAGAAAGAGAUAACUAAAAUCUUUUUGAAAACUCCGAGUUCAUUCUACUUUGACCGCAUGAUCGCUAAUGCACCCAGUGAUUUCAUCGAGAUGGUAAACAUGGGCAUGCGACUUGAGGAAGCAGUCCGAGAGGGAUGUUUGACGAAGGAAGCUGGUGCUUCUAGUCAUGUUAAGAAAUUCACCAAAAAUUUCUCCAAAAAGAAAGAAUCAGAUGUUAGUGUCAUUUCAUAUGGCAGACAAAGAAGAAAGUAUCAACAUGUUGUAGCCGUUUCACCAAUCAUUAGUCCACCAAUGGUAGCGCCAAUUUAUCAGCCACAGUUCUCGCAUCAACAUCAACAACAUCAGCAACAAUAA